GAGGCGGCCGCGGGCCCGGCCGGCUCCGGGGGCGGCCACCGCGGGCCUCGCCCCGAGGAGCCCGCCGCAGGGGCCGGGAGCUGCGCCGAUGCCUCGGUGACGCUGGCAGGCUUCCAGGAAAGCGGCGAUGCUGAGUGUUGGGCGCUCUUGUACAACCAGCUGCACUCCCUGAAGGAGAACGUGGACAACCUGGCAAAGACUCGGUGCCCGCACGGGGAGCUGGCCCGCCCCCCGCCGCCCCGCGCGCCGGGCGCGGCGGCGGAGGAGGUCGCUGCGGCGGCUGGGACGGAGCUGCCUCUCGCUGCCGCCGCAGAGGGGCCCCGGAUGGUGCUGGACGCUUGGCGGGAGGACGUGCUCAGACCGCCCGAGCGGCGCCUCCCCGCCGCUCCGGCGGGCGCCGCCUGCGGCCGAGCCGCUCGCCGCCGCCG